GCUUGUUUUGUUUUUCUGUUUUUCUUUCGCUCGCGCCCGCAGCAGCCAGCCUCUGUGAGCCGGGUGUUUUUUCGGACAAGCGUGCCGAGAGACGUGCGACACUCGCCAAGCUGAUGCCGUUUGUUCGUCGCCCCUUCGGAAAAGGCUUCACGAUGGAGUAAAAAAAGGGCCCGCCUGCGCGACCGGCAACAUGCUGACGGCGGUGGCCCUCUGCUUGCUAGCUGUCGCCGGCGCCUGCUCGGCGGACGGGAGCGUCGGUUGCUCCUUCGUUGAGACGCUAUGCGAAGAGGACGAAUUCUGCUACGACGACGGUCUGUUCGGCCGCUGCGAAAGCGUGUCCCGCCUGGGCGCGGCCGACCUUUGGCGCCCCGAUCUGGACGUGAGCGGCGCCAAGCUGCUCGAGUCCGAACUGGAGCGCCUCUGGGAGCAGGGCUACCGCUGGCGCCACGUGUACAGCCAGUGCGUGGUGCGAUCGGCCCUCUCCGCGAUUCGCCACGGAAGACUGUACGACCCGGGCUUCUGCGCGCGGACACUGCGCAGCACGCUGCCCAUAGUGUCCGACGAAAUAGCGAUGGAGCUUGAGCACCUGAGCCCAGAUGACUUGGCCUUCAUCAAGUUCACACCGAACAGCGACCUGAAAGAAGGUGCCACGCCUCAGUUUGCCGAUGAGGUGUACUUCCCCCCUCUGGACAGUCCGGCCGUUCAAGGCGCCUUUCUCACGUCCGGUGAAGUUCUGUCCAGCGCGGAGGACAAGGCGGACGCAGCAGCCGCAGCUGCGGCCUCUCUCGGUGCCCUCAAGGAUGCCCUCAAAGCUCAGGCAAUGAAGAGGAAGGCUAAGAGCGCAGAGGUAGCCAAAGAAGACUCGAACGAAACCGAUGACGCGUCGACGGAUAGCGAGGACGUUGCGGGCGUGCUCAACUACCUGCGACAAGUGGCUCAGGACACGGCGUCGCUGCUGGACGAAAAUAAGGACCGCUACGACGUCUUCAUACCACCAGACGUCCCCGUCGUCGAGACGGAGCUAUCGUCCGACCUCAACCAGCGGCCAGUCUUCACCGAAGAAGGCAUCCAGUGGGUACCGUUAAGUCAAGGAGACGAAGCUCGCGCCGGAGAUGAAUCCGUGGCUGAACCGGCUCAGGCGCCCGCUGCAGCGACCGCCGCGGUGCUACCCGACGUGGAAGGCGGCCGUGACAUGGGUAGAGUGCUGAACGAGCCAGCUUCGUUGGAUGACUCCUCGUCCGCUUCUUCACCAAAUGGCGACGGCAGCUCGGCCGGUGUUGCCGCUUCCGCCACCGACGCGUCGUCUUCGUCGGCUGCCAUGGAUCGGCCGCCGUCUCCGUGGGAGUCGAAGCCCCACGGAUGGACCGACAGCCGCGAAGACUCCCUGAGGCUCGACGGCUGGAUGGAGUUUCCUAAAGAGACGCUCUAUCCUACGGGGGCCUACGAAGGUGACGAGCUCCUCGACAUCGGUGUGCGCCAAGACCCGGCGUUCCGGCGUCCCAUGCGCUACGACACCAAGAAGCCGGGUCCUACCUACUUCUACCACGAGCCAGAUUCAUCGGAGACCUCACUGGAAAACGUGGAAAAUGUGCGCCGAAUAAUGAUGGCCCAACAUCAGCGUAACAAGAUGCGCCUCGGGACUCAGGACGACGUCGGACAGGAGGAUGCUGUGCUGGACCAUCUCAAGGAAGUCGGUCAAGCUAACGGCAAGCGUCACGGCCUUGUCCCGACUGGCUCUAAGGAAAUGCUGGAGCACAGCUACCGGGGAGCUCUGGAAGCCGGCCCCACGCCUGACGGUUUCUACUCGGCGCUGGACUCCAGCAGCGCUUACAUCGUGCUCAACGAGGCCCCUUCGUCACAGGACGACGCUGACAGACUUGUGUCCGCUCUGCAGAGAGCGCUGUUGCUUCCCUCCGGUACCUUUUCUAACGUUCGGUUGGAAGGCAACCGGGUGAACUUCAAGGUGAAUCCGAACUCCCAAAACCUCAAUGCCACAACCGUGGCUGCCAAAGCAGAGAGCCUGGCGGACUCGCUGCACCAGAACUACACCAUCGUGGCGGCGGGCGUCGUCGGAGAGGCGCAGCUGGAACUCGUGCGUCCCAGCGAUGGUCGGAUGCUGGUGGCAACGCUGGUGGCCUGCGGAACCGUGCUUGUUCUCGUGGUGGCCGGAUCCGUGGCGUACCUGGUGCGCCGCGCCAGCCUGCGAUCCAAGGAGAAGUUGCACGGUCUCGCGCAGCCGGACACCGAACCAAGCCAAGACUAUCAGGACCUGUGCCGCCAGCGCAUGGCCGCCAAGAGCCACGAGAGCACCGAGCCCGUGCACGUGGCCACGCAGUCGCCCAAGCGAGUCAGCAGCCUGUCCCAGAGCGAGCCGUCCCAGCCCGGCUCCAGGUCGUCUACGUCAUCCUGGAGCGAGGAACCGGUGACGUCUAACCUGGACAUUUCCACUGGACACAUGAUCUUGUCUUACAUGGAGGACCACCUCAAGUGCAAGGACCGGCUCGACCGGGAGUGGGAGGCGCUGUGCGCCUACGAGGCGGACCCCUGCUCCACCGCGGUCGCCUCGCUCCCUGCUAACAUGAAGAAGAACCGCUACCCGGACGUCCUCACCUACGACCAUUCACGGGUGAUCCUCAACGACGUCUCCAACGCCAACGGAUCUGAUUACAUCAACGCCAGUACAAUCACUGACCACGACCCACGAAACCCGGCGUACAUCGCCAGCCAAGGACCCUUGCCACACACCACGGCUGAUUUCUGGCAGAUGAUCUGGGAACAAGGCAGUGUGGUGAUCGUGAUGCUGAGUCGCCUGAUGGAGAACGGAGUCGCCAUGUGUCAUCGUUACUGGCCCGAGGAAGGAAGCGAAGUCUACCACACCUACGAGGUACACCUGGUCUCCGAGCACAUCUGGUGCGACGACUAUCUGGUGCGCAGCUUCUACCUCAAGAACCUGAAGACCAGCGAGACCCGGACAGUCACACAGUUCCACUUUCUCUCGUGGCCAGACAACGGCAUCCCGGCUUCCAUCAAGGCUAUCCUGGAGUUCCGAAGGAAGGUGAACAAGUCAUAUCGUGGACGCUCGUGCCCCAUUGUCGUUCACUGCAGUGACGGCAUUGGAAGAACGGGAACCUACUGCCUGAUCGACAUGGUACUGAACAGAAUGGCCAAAGGAGCAAAGGAAAUCGAUAUCGCAGCCACUCUGGAGCACAUGCGCGACCAACGAGCCGGUAUGGUAAAGACCAAGGCCCAGUUCGAAUUCGUCCUGAUGGCCAUAGCCGAGGAAGUGCACGCCAUCUUGAAGGCGCUCUCCCACUGAGAGGUCUGCCGCGAGCCUGGCACUCACGGGGGCCGGCACAAAGCGGAUGAUUCCGCACCAGUCGUAGACGAUCACCUGACUCGUUGCAAGCCUGGCGACGUGCUUCCCCUCAUCGACUGAAUGGCGAAUGGCGACGCGUUGCUGACUUGAUGGACGUCUCUUUGUCUGCUUCCUUGUAUUCCCGCUCUGUUUAUUUUUCUCCAGUUUUCAAGAUGGCUGCAGAAAUGUGACCACUCAUUGUAUUUCUCUUUCUCUCAUUUACCCUCUCAUCUUACUUGGCAUUAUAGUAAGUCUAAGUCCGUUUGCUCUCUUAUUACCUUCUCUGCUCUCGAACUGUUGCACCAGCGUAAACGAGGUUCUUUUACCAUUUGAGGUCCUGUGUAUUAGCAAAUGUAUAGCCAUAUAAACACGGAAGUCUACAUAUAAUAAUUGAGCGAAAUUCGGAUUAACUUACUUUCCAUUAUCACACUUUUUAAGUGUUUGGGUGGGAGAGAAAUAGUUGUGGCUCACUUAAGAGACGUCUCGCGAAGUGAUGGCUGUCAGUACGUGAUGACUCCUGCACGCUUUUGGUCAAGUGCUUGCAGACACGCACGCCGUCUCCAAUGUCUACUCGCACAUGAGAUUGCUUAAAUAUUUUGUCCACGAACGGGCCUUCUUCUAUACAUUUCCUGAGAAUUUUAUUUAUUGAAUUAGACGCAGUCGGCGACGACCUAACGAACCGCUUGAACCCACACUGUCGUGUUUGUCUUCUUUCUAUGCUAGACGCGCUUAAGCGGUUACUGUAAACGCAGCCACUGCCUCAGAAAUGCGGCGUUGUCACCGACUUGGCUGACGUCACAAAAUCGGGCAGCCACCAUCGUUCUUCAUUUCUUGUUUUGUUUUUUAAUCCUCUCCUUUAACCUCUUUUUCACGUUAAGGAGUUACACUAAGGGGUGCUGGGUGCACAGAUUCAACUGUUUUCAUGAGUCUCCCCUUCACGUGCUAACUUACAUUUCGAAUGUACGUUCUAUUGCCACUAAGCUUUCGUCUAAGCCCAAACGUCUUCACGUUAAGAGGCAGACAAAGUUGUACGAAUGUUUGGAGAACAAGUAUGAAUGCGACACCGCGCAGGUAAGACACACACACACACAAGUACAUCUGGAAAAGCAGUCUUUGCACCAGCGUACAGCUAGGUGUGUGACGAUGGCGUCGAAUUGGGAGAAGCCGGCCAGUGCAGCGCGUUUCAGCCGCCAACUUCACGCGUCCCGAUUCCCAGUCUUUCUUUUUUUCCUCCUUCCCCAACGCGCAUCAGACGUCCGCAUUUGAACAAUCGCGAAAUGUGUGUGUGCAAAUGUCAAAACGGAACCCGAGGCCAUCCGCUCGGGAAUGUCGCCGCGUCAGCCGAUGUUGUAGUGUGAAACGCCUUCACGUCGCAUGCAUUUUUCGCCGCCUCGCCGAUUCUCCUGCGUAUGCAGUCCACCUGUGUUCAACUUUCCAAAUCAAGUCGACCAAGCGUUCAUUGAUGUGACGCGGCCGCAUCAGAUAGUACAGUUGUAGUAGCCUCCUUACGCCCGAAGCCAAACCAAACCAACCUUCCCUCCUCCCGGCCGUUUCUUUCUCCUCUCUCUCUCAAACUUGCACUUGCCCUCCUUCUUCUACUAGCCGAAUUUCCGUAGCUUGAGAACCAUGGCUAUGUUUGUAUCCGUAUUGCACAACAACCGACCAAAAGGAAAAAAAAACUGAAUGAUGUAAACACGUUUGUCUGUAGUAUCGUAUACAAAGAUAUAGUGUUGCGUGUAAAAACCCAGCUCUUUCGGAGCGUUUCAAGGAGUCGUCGUUAUAUGUUGCAUGAUCACUAAGUAUUCAAUUUCCCGUGCUUGAAGGAAAGAAGGAAAAGAUACAGUCGGCCAAUGGCGCACAUGUACGUAUCGCAUAUAUAUGCUGAUGUACAAACUAUUUUGGAGCACCCUUGCGAAAAAGAAAAAAAAAAGGCCUCUAUUUUUGACCUCCUCCGGGGCGCUUGUGCAUACGCGUCAUGCCUCUGUUAUUGCUGUGUGCGCGUGAGUGCUUCUGUUGACAAAAAAUGAUGUCGUGUUUUCACUCCCUGAGUAUUGUGUGGAGUUCUAACACUGCACGCAAGGAGCAAGAUGAAUAUGUGAUACAGAGAUUUAUCGAGCGUUGUCAUUCUGGAACGUAGCUUGUAGCAGUACUUGCUGAGUUUAGAAAGAGAGAUAUACGAGAUAUUGAAAAAGUUGAGAGGUUUUGUGAGCGAGUUGAAGUAGACGAUUGUUAGCUGCCUCGUGAGCCCACUUGAGGACGCGUAAACAAACUCAUUCGUGCAAUUCGAAGCAGGCAUCGGACAACGCAGUGCCAACAAAGUCAGUGCUGUACAAAUUACUCUGGCAGAAAAGAAAGUGUCCGGUAAUAUCGCAAAAUAAUCGAAGCGGAAUGAUACGGGAGGCAAGAACGAUUCCAACCGCUUGAGCACCUCACCUGAUUUCUCGCGUUGAUGCUAAGACACGAAUGAUUAGUGCGAAACUUAAGUUUCAAUGCUCCUCACUUUGAGAGGAGUCCUUCAUGACCAAAAUAAUAACAAUCAUAACAAAUUUUAAAAGCAGCCUAUCAUCGCAAGCGAAGAAUUCUUGCGAUAACAUUUGAUUGAAGUGAGUGCAGACUUUUCUUGUUGAAUGUGGCUAACUUUAUGCACGGAUGUCAAAUUUAUCGCCUCUGUUGGACUGCAUAAAAACACAUUUCAGGUCUGCCACUGGACGUUCGAGACGUCUUCCCUUUAAUGCGAAAACGGGUUAAAGCUAUCUUCACUUGUUUACUUGUUGAAUGCACUUCUUCAGAACGUCACUGGAACGUCAUAUAAAACAGAAUGUACAUAGUUCAAAAGAACUGUGCUCAGGAAACGGACAAGCAGCCCAACUGAGACAUUUUUGUUUCCCGACUUCAUUCGCACCGUUCUAAUGAACAAAGUUGGUUUCGUCGAAGCUGUCUUUACAUACCUUGGGCAUCUCGCCGUCAUAUCAGAAGACAAGAAGUUCAUUCGUGACUCUAGCUGCAAUCGCAAUUGGCCUCGACAAUUGCUUAUGGUCGCGCGACAGCACUCCUUUCUUCUGGCUAACGAAGGAAAACCCUCUUUCCCUUUUAAGCUAAAAUUGUUUUCUUCCCAUAAAAGCACAACUGAAUAAGAUCUGGGCUAGUGCCAAUGUCUUUUGAGAAACGCAGUUACCGGUGAGCUGUUUACAGGUUCUGUAGUUUGACCCGGUUCCCUUGCCUCAUCUUCGUUCCCAGGCACGAAAGGUAAACAAAGAAGUUAACGAAUAAACUUACGUAAAAAAAAGAUGACUCUAUGUCCCGUGAUCAUUGGUAGCUUGAUAUCAAACUACGUUGGUUCACGUUGGCACUCGUUUUAUGUGCACGCAACAACUGUCACACUUCACGUCAUAGCCUGUCGAGCUACACAACCCGGUACUGUCACGCUGUCGUAUGGCAGGUUAGCAGCGACCUUGUCAGUCAACAAUGCCCUUGUUUUCGAUUACGUAAGGGUACAGUUUUCUUCUAGUACACUGUAGUAAAGGCUACGCUAGCAUUUGUGAUGGGACGAUGUUGCCAACUCUAAAACAAUUUUCCGUCAACGGAUGAAAACAAAUCUAACACGUGAAGUCUGGUAGUAGCUGUAGGCACGAUCUCUCGCUGCGAUUCUGGUCCCCCGAGUAUUGAAAAUGAACCCUUGCUGUGCGAGCAACAGUGUGUGAUUUGAAAUCCAAAUAAUGAGGGAAAAUGCAAAACUCUGUUCAAUGACUAAUCUGACACUUGUUCCGUCGUAGCACUGUUGAAACGUCCUCCUCCUCCAUAGGCCCUCCACCAUAUUAUCCCUGAAUAAAUACGAACGUCAU